AUGCCCAACUUCGCCGGCACCUGGAAAAUGAAGAGCAGCGAGAACUUUGACGAGCUCCUGAAAGCGCUGGGUGUCAAUGCAAUGCUCAGGAAAGUGGCAGUGGCAGCCGCCUCCAAACCGCACGUGGAGAUCCGCCAGGAUGGGGACCAGUUCUACAUCAAAACGUCUACCACCGUCCGCACCACUGAGAUCAACUUCAAAGUAGGGGAGAGCUUCGAAGAGGAGACUGUGGAUGGCAGAAAAUGCAGGAGUUUAGCCACUUGGGAGAAUGAAAACAAGAUCUAUUGCAAACAAACUCUUAUUGAGGGAGAGGGCCCUAAAACAUAUUGGACUCGGGAAUUAGCUAACGAUGAGCUGAUUUUGACUUUUGGUGCCGAUGAUGUUGUGUGCACAAGAAUUUAUGUAAGAGAAUGAAGAACACCAAUUGACUUGUCAUCUG